AUGCCAAUCGUCGUCUUGAUGCGUUUUCUUCAAUUCUUCAUAAUCAUCACAAGCUUCCUUGCGACUCUAACAACAUUGACUUCUUCACCGGUUCUUCAUCCAGAUGAAUUGAAUGCGCUAAAGGAGAUAGCUUUUACACUUGGUUUCAAGACAUUUAACCUAAGUGAUGGAGACUGCCUCUCAAGACCUCUAGUUAUACAAGGAGAUCUGCCUGCUGUUGUUUCGACUGUCAAGAAAGAAAAUAGGAUUUUUUGUGAUUGUAGCUUCAACUUCAACAGGACAUGUCAUAUUAUAAAAAUAGGGCUAAAGACCCUUAGUCUUCAAGGGAGACUUCCACCCCAGUUGGCCAAGCUUCAAUACCUCCAGGAGAUAGACUUGUGCCGAAAUUACCUUUCGGGCUCAAUCCCAAUGGAGUGGGCUUCACUGCCAUACCUCACUAGAAUUUCUGUCGGUGCAAAUCGUUUGUCGGGGAAUUUACCAGCUGGAUUACAAUACUUCAAGAAUCUUACAUACAUAUCAGUUGAAGCAAACCAGUUCUCGGGCACCAUUCCUGAUGAGCUUGGUAACUUGACCAGCCUAACAGGAUUGGAACUUGCGUCCAAUCAAUUUACAGGAACCCUUCCUAGCACACUGGCUAAACUUGUAAACCUUAAACAAGUUAAGUUAAGUGACAAUAACUUCACUGGAAUCAUACCAGGAUACAUUGGUAACUGGACUCAGCUUGAAAGGAUUGAUUUAUACGCAAGUGGCCUAAAAGGACCUAUUCCCGAUGCAGUGGCUGGUCUACAAUUUCUUAUUGAACUGAGGAUUAGUGAUACGACUGGGAUAAACACUAUCCCGGAUAUAUCUAGCAAAUCCAUCAAACACUUGAUUUUGAGGAAUGUGACUUUGUCCGGUCCAAUUCCUUCUUACAUAUGGAAUAUUGAAAGCCUAAAGACCCUUGAUUUAUCAUUUAACAGCUUGACUGGUGGAGUUCAAGGAGUAGAAAACGCACCAAGAUACACCUAUUUGACUGGCAAUAUGCUUUCUGGAGACAUUCAACCGGGUGCUUUACUCAAUAGCAAAUUAAAUAUUGAUCUCUCUUAUAACAAUUUAUCAUGGUCGCCUCGCUGUCAGAAGAGCAACAUCAACACAUACAGGAGCUCCUAUUUGAAGAAUUUAACUGGACUUCUUCCAUGUGAGGCUGCAGUCAACUGCAAGACUUAUAAGCGAUCACUACAUAUAAAUUGUGGUGGAGGAAGUAUGGAUAUGAAAAACUCUUUUGGUACGAUCACUUAUCAAGCUGAUAACAGUACAACCAAUGCCGCAACAUAUCAGCACUGGGAAGAUUGGGGAAUCAGUAACACAGGCGACUUUAUCGAUGAUAGUAGCAAUGAUGAUAUUUUCACCAUUUCAACUGAGUUAACACCAUCGGGAGACUACCCUGAUCUUUAUAAGACUGCACGUCGAUCUGCUCUCUCUCUUACUUAUUUCGCGUACUGCUUAGAAAAUGGGGUCUACAAUGUGAAACUCCAUUUUAUGGAGAUUCAGUUUUCAGAUAAAGAACCAUACAGUUCUGUUGGUAGACGCAUAUUUGAUGUCUAUGUUCAGGGAGAAUUAUUCUUGAGGGAUUUUAAUAUCAAAGAGGAAGCUAAGGGGACUCUGAAGCCUAUUAUGAUAGAAAAGAAAGUUAAUGUGACCGAUCGUAUGUUAGAGAUUCGGUUGUAUUGGGCGGGGAAAGGAACAACCCUCAUUCCCAGCAGAGGAAAUUAUGGUCCCCUUAUCUCUGCAAUCUCCUUGUGUCACAGUCAGGAGCCACAUUGCGGAGCGAAGAAAAUUAAACAUCACAUUAACUAUUCCCUAGUUUUGGGGGCAAUGGGUGCCUUGGUAAUAACUGUUGUCUUAGCUUUGGGAAUAUAUGCUUCGAGAAGAUGUGGAGGAGACACCAACACAAGAGAACAAGAGCUGAGAGCCCAAGGUCUCCAAACUGUUUGCUUUACUUGGAGGCAACUGCAAGUUGCAACAAACAAUUUUGAUGAAGCCAACAAACUUGGAGAAGGAGGUUUCGGAUCAGUAUUUAAGGGAGAGCUAUUGGAUGGAACUAUCAUAGCAGUCAAGCAGCUUUCUGCCACGUCAUGCCAAGGAAACCGAGAGUUUGUGAAUGAGAUAGGAAUGAUUUCAGGUCUGAAUCAUCCAAACCUUGUCAAGCUUUACGGAUGCUGUGUGGAGAAGAAUGAACUGUUGCUUGUGUAUGAAUACAUGGAAAAUAACUCCCUUGCUCUUGCUCUUUAUGGAAAGAGCACUCCAAAAUUGGAGUGGGCAACUAGACAAAGAAUUUGUGUAGGAAUCGCAAGAGGGCUUGAAUUCCUUCAUGAAGGAUCGAUGAUCAGGAUGGUUCACCGUGACAUAAAAACCACUAAUGUGCUUUUAGAUGCCGACUUUAAUGCAAAGAUAUCUGAUUUUGGCUUGGCUAGACUCCAUGAAGCAGAACACAGUCACAUUAGCACAAAAAUUGUAGGAACCAUCGGAUAUAUGGCUCCGGAAUAUGCAUUGUGGGGUCAACUGACAGAGAAAGCAGAUGUGUAUAGCUUCGGGGUUGUGGCAAUGGAAAUUGUUAGUGGGAAGAGCAAUACGAAACUGAAGGGUAGUGUUGAUCAUGUUUCGCUUAUCAACUGGGCGUUAACGCUACAACAGACAGGGGACGUAAGAGAGAUCGUUGAUCCAGUCCUCGAAGGUGACUUCAAUAGCAAAGAAGCAAUAAGGAUGAUCAAAGUUGCUCUUGUUUGUACAAACUCAUCUCCUUCCGUAAGGCCAGCCAUGUCAGAGGCUGUCAAAAUGCUCGAGGGAGAGAUCGAAGUAACACAUGUUAUGCCAGAUGAUGGUUUAUAUGGACACACCUGGAGCAUGUCAAAGUUGAGGGACAUUGGUACACAUGGUAGCUCAAGUACGUCUGGUGUGACUGCUGAGACAGAAACGACAAUUAAAUCAUCUGUUUCUGGUUGUGAUCUUUACCCAUUGUGCCCCGAAUCCAUAAACCUCAACUCUACAAUAGAGUUUUCUUCCUUAUCGCACUAAUAUCAAAAUUUGUGUGCAUUGCCUUGUCUAUUUGUCAAAUAGAAAAGCUUGUCAAGUUGUCUGGUUAUAUCAGCUGUAAGUAUGUCUGGAACCUUACAUUAGCUUCAUAUAUGUAUAUCCAAAACAUACUUUUUGUGAAGAUCAAAAUUAUAUCUUAUUAUGAAAUGUUC